GAGGUGCACCAGCAGCAGCACCCCUUUAUCGUUCACUUCACCUCCAAAUUCCUACCUAAUUUUCGGCCGAUCAACCCACCAUGUCGUCGGAAAAGACCAUCAUGUUGAAGAGCUCCGACGGAGAAACGUUCGAGAUAGAAGAGGUGGUGGCGUUGGAAUCGCAAACGAUCAAACACAUGAUCGAAGAUGACUGUGCGAACACCACCAUCCCUUUACCUAAUGUCACCGGUAAGAUCAUGUCCAUGGUUGUUGAGUACUGUAAGAAGCAUGUCCAGUCGACGAAUACCAAGGGGAAGACUGUUGUUGAUGACGAUCUCAAAGCCUUUGAUUCUGAGUUUGUCAAUGUCGAUCAAGACACUCUCUUUGAUCUAAUUCUGGCUGCAAACUAUCUCAACAUCAAAAGCUUACUCGAUCUGACAUGUAAAACGGUUGCUGACAUGGUCAAGGGCAAGACUACCAAAGAGAUUCGCAAGAUGUUCAACAUCAAGAAUGACUUCACCCCCGAGGAAGAAGAACAAGUCCGCCAUGAGAAUGAAUGGGCAUUUGAUUAGAGAUUCCUCACACCGAAAUUGUCAAUAUCAAGUUAUUAUUAUGUUAGGAUGCUUUUGUUAUUUUCGUAGCGAUUAGUAAGUAAAACCAAUGUUUUAUGAAUAUUCUCUCAGGUAAUAUUACGAGUAAGUAACAAUUAGUAAGUAAAA